AUGGUCUCCAAAAAUCAUAUCUACGAGACCGACGAAGACGGCUCUACUAUCUACACUGCCAUGACUCCCCCAUCUACCAUUAUCGACACUCUUAUCUGCGAUCCGACACCCUUCAACAACGAUGCUGAUAACAAACAUGCAUCCAGUUCCGUCCCAUGGCCCAACCAUACCUUCCUCCUCCGUGCCUCCUUCUCCGGACACCUCUUAACUCUCUCCUCUGGGACCAUAUUCCUCGGGCCCCCAGGCAACCAGCACGAAAGCAUUCACUGGAAAUGCAUCGAAGACAAAGGCUGGUUCUAUUUCCAAAAUACUGCAUCAGGAUGCUAUCUCGGGCACAAUUUCCAUGGCAACAUUAUUUGUUCUUCCAAGAAACACUAUGGAUGGGAGCGAUUUUCUGUGCGAUUGAGACCGGAAGGAGGCUAUUAUUUAAUGAUGAUGCAUUUCGACCGGUUGUGGAAAGUAGGGAUCAAGGGAGGCAUUUUGGCAAAGAUUGCAGAAGGGGAGUCGGGGUUGGUUAGGGAGGGGGAAGAAGAGGGAGAGGUAAUUGUUUGGGAAUUCGUCAAAGUUUAG